CACUGUUUUUAGUGAUCUUUUAACAUGAUCUUAGCAGCCUGUGUUAACUACCCAAACAGAGGAUAAGGACUUCGAUGAUCAGACAAGCUCAUAUUGUUAACCAUGUCUUCUUCUGUUUUGCAGCUUCUUGGUGGACAUUUGGAUGAAGCCAUUACAUUAAUUGCUUGCCAUCAUGAGCAGAAGCAAGCGUGACAACAAUUUUUAUAGUGUAGAGAUUGGGGAUUCUACAUUCACUGUCCUGAAGAGGUAUCAGAAUCUAAAACCAAUAGGUUCGGGAGCUCAAGGAAUAGUUUGUGCAGCUUAUGAUGCCAUUCUUGAAAGAAAUGUUGCCAUCAAGAAGCUGAGCCGGCCGUUUCAGAAUCAAACCCAUGCUAAGAGAGCCUACAGGGAGUUGGUUCUUAUGAAGUGUGUUAAUCACAAAAAUAUAAUUGGCCUUUUGAAUGUUUUCACACCACAGAAAUCUCUAGAAGAAUUCCAAGAUGUUUACAUAGUCAUGGAGCUCAUGGAUGCAAAUCUUUGCCAAGUGAUUCAGAUGGAACUAGAUCACGAAAGAAUGUCCUACCUUCUCUAUCAGAUGCUGUGUGGAAUCAAGCACCUUCACUCCGCUGGAAUUAUUCACCGGGACCUAAAGCCCAGUAAUAUAGUAGUGAAAUCAGACUGCACUUUGAAAAUUCUUGACUUUGGCCUGGCCAGGACUGCGGGAACAAGUUUCAUGAUGACUCCGUAUGUGGUGACUCGCUACUACAGGGCGCCUGAGGUCAUCCUAGGCAUGGGCUACAAGGAAAACGUUGACAUUUGGUCAGUUGGGUGCAUCAUGGGAGAAAUGAUCAAAGGUGGUGUUUUGUUCCCAGGUACAGAUCAUAUUGAUCAGUGGAAUAAAGUUAUUGAACAGCUUGGAACACCGUGUCCUGAAUUCAUGAAGAAACUCCAGCCAACAGUAAGGACUUAUGUUGAAAACAGACCUAAGUAUGCCGGAUAUAGCUUUGAGAAACUCUUCCCUGAUGUGCUUUUCCCAGCUGACUCGGAACACAACAAACUUAAAGCCAGUCAGGCAAGGGAUUUGCUUUCUAAAAUGCUGGUGAUCGACGCGUCCAAGAGGAUCUCGGUAGAUGAAGCUCUGCAGCACCCGUACAUCAACGUGUGGUAUGAUCCCUCGGAAGCAGAAGCCCCACCACCAAAGAUACCUGACAAGCAGUUAGAUGAGAGGGAACACACAAUCGAAGAGUGGAAAGAAUUGAUAUACAAGGAAGUGAUGGAUUUGGAAGAAAGAACCAAGAACGGAGUUAUACGAGGGCAGCCCUCUCCUUUAGCACAGGUGCAGCAGUGACCAGUGGCUGUCAGCAUCCAUCGUCAUCGUCGUCUGUCAACGAUGUGUCUUCAAUGUCAACAGACCCGACUUUGGCCUCAGAUACAGACAGCAGUCUGGAUGCCCCUGCCGGGCCUCUGGGCUGCUGCAGAUGACUGCUUGGGCCUUGGGGGGUGGGGAGGGAGGGGCGUCGGCUAGUCAUUCAUAGAACUACUUUGAAAACAAUUCAGUGGGCUUAUUUUUGAGUGGUUUUUUUUUUUCCAAAAAAAUGUAGAAUUCAUUUUGUAGUAAAGUAGUUUAUUUUUUUUAUUUCAAGUGAUGUAAUUUAAAAUCUAAGUUGUUUCAAAACAGGAACAAAACUGUAUUGUUAUUUUUUGCUGUAAUUAACUGUAUAAUGUAAACCUAAUUAUUUUAUCAUGGUUUAAAUUUUUUGCAUAUUUGCUUUAUCUUAUGCUGCUGAUUUUUUUUUUUACUGAAUUUGUAAGAUUUUGUUUAUCAAAGCAAUUAUUAUGUGGUGACUUGCCUAUAUCAUGAAUUAUUUAAGAUUUUUAUAGUUUUUUUUUAUUAGAAUUUAUUUCAGAUGUUUUGUUCAUGAUACUAUCCUUCAGGGUUAUGUGCUUCUCAAUGAAAUAACCCCAGAGGAGUGAGGGAGAAUAACCUGUAGCCAGUUCUAUUCAGGAAUAACUACUGUAAAUGAUGAACGUGUUGAGAGACCUCCAAUAUUUGCUACUUGCCAAUCCUCACUGAGUCACAACAACUGGUAGGCAGCCCUACCAAAGUUUUGGCAAAAACCCUAUGAUCCAAAUGGCAGAAUAACCCAGAGCAUGUCUUUGAAGGUGCCAGGUGUCUGCCACCACUACCUUACCUCCCUACCAUACCCAGCCCAAGUCAAGAGAAUAUGAUGUACUCUGCAAAUCUGUGGCAUGCUCGAAACUUAUCACUUAAAAUCAAGAGGAUACUUCAUGAAUAAUAUAUUUCAAUGCAAAUAAACAGAUGGUUCACUUGUACAAGCUAUGAGCCUGUUUUUGUAUACACCGAGUUAGAUCUCCUCAGGCUGCGGAUUCCAGCAACGGUCUAGAGUCUAGUCUUUUGCUUUUCCUGCAGCCUCGGGCCCUUGGACCUUUCUGGUUUCCUGUGACAUGAAGUGUCAGUUGAGCACCAGUUCUCAUGGUGUUUCUAGCCAUUUGGUUCUACCUGUAGCAUAAUCACAUUUAAACAAGCUGUCAGGAGGUUCCAAAGCCUACUUUAGCUUUGCGUAGGUGAUGUAUCAAAUGAGCAAUAUACCGUUCAUCUGAAAAUAGUAGCACACAGCCAUAUAUAGGAUAGCAUUUUCCGAGGACUGUUUGUUCACACUGAGCAGAGCAGGCGUAAGUGGUGGUUCUUGUCUGAGUCUUUGGUUUUUUUAUACCUGAUUUUCACUGUAACACCCAGUGUGGAUGUUGAGUAGUGUAAGAAUGGUGCUGCUCCUGACAAGUGUAUGUUAACUGUUUACAUUUUAUAUCUGCAGAAUUAUUUCUCUAUAACUGAAUUUUUCUGAAGUAAAAUGUCAUUGACGUUUCAUUAUUUCUGAAAUAUUCUGUAAUGGCCCCAGGCAUCUUUUAUUGUCUCUGGAACAAGAGGAAUUUCCUGUGAUGAGCAGGGAAGUGCAUCCUGAAGUGGAACGGCAAGGUUCUAGGCAGAAAGCACAUUGGAGUUCAUGACCAACAGGAGCACGAACAGGUGCAAGCUCAGCAUGCGGUGUCUGAAAGUUUCUUUGGUGUUUUAUUUGUAUAUUUAGUACAGAAUUCCUCCUGAGCAAGGUAUUUUUAGGUCACUGUUAAUGUGCAAUAUUUAAGAUUAAAACACGCUAGCCUGUUAUGUAGAUGAUUUGAUGAUUCAGCGUCAUGACUUCUGCCUCACAAGCUUUUUCAGCAACCCCUUUUGUGCUCAGACAACACGGUGCAGUGAUCUCAUUAGGCACAUUAGAAUUUUGAGACUGGAACACCUCUUGAGUUACAGGAACACGGAUUGGAGUCAUGAUUGUAGCAGAAAUUUGAGCAUGAGUGUAUUCUUAAUUUGACAGUUAGUUCACUUUAUUUCAUGUCAGAUGGAUAAUGUCACUGUCGCACUUUAACAGCCCGUGUGCUUGGAGAAGAUCCCCUUAGUUUGUGUUUCGGUGCCGGGAAGCCUUUUCUGUCCAUGCAAGGGCAGGUGUUGGGACUGUGUCGUGUGUGGUAAAUGCCAGCUCUCGCUUGCCAGCUACUGUGUUUCAGUGAAAUUCAAAGAAAAUGAAAUCAUAAUCACUUAAUGUAAGUUAAAAUAGUUAAAUUAUAUCCUAAAAAAUUGCAAGGUUUGCUUAUUGAAUGUUGUAUGUCCUAGCUUUUUAAAAUUCCAUUGUCUAAAUACAGCUUUUCCUCCUAAAUCCAUGAAGUUGAAUGAAUAUGCAUUGAUUUUUUUGAUAUUUUUUAUUUUAGAAUAUUCAAAGCAUGUUAAAUUUUUUUUCAAAGGAAAUGACAGCAUUUCUGUCAAGCAGUACUUGUGUGUCAAACCAUCUUUCUUAAAAUUUCUGUUUUGGGUUUUAGACACUUAACGUACCCUAAAGUCAUUUUGACCAAGAUUCUAUUCAACUUUGUAGGUUAAAAAAGAGACACUAGUGCUUUGUACGUGCGUCUGCCUGGUUGCUGGUCUUACCUUUCAGCGCACACGGACUGUUGGCUAAGCGAGGGUGUUGUUUGGAUUGCUUCAUUGUAAGAUACACACGUAGAGCAUCUCAACCCUUUCAUGCUGUUGGCCAAAGGCUUUCCGCUUCGUUACACACCUGUGGCUGCUGAGUGUUCCUGCUCUUCGUGUUCACACUGGGUAAGAAGCUCUCACCUCUCGAGCGAGGAGGCUGCCACACAGCCCUGGUCACGGGGAAGCGGGCGUCAGCAGCAGACUUUCCUGUUAGCCCCUUUGUUGUGUCGUCGUGUGCUGAUUCUGCUGUGUGGUCUAAGAAGGUGAAGAGGGCAGCAGUGUGAUGGCGCGAGCAGCAGCAGGCCACUGCAGCGGGCUCGGGUGACAGUCUAGGCUUGGUUUGCCGCUCUUGGCCAGUAGCCACUAGACAAAUGAAGACUUUAAACUGUUCGGUGUUGCCUAGGUGUUAAAUUGCGCAACGUGUGGAGGUGAAAAGAGUGUUUGCAGCAUUAGUGGUGUCGUUUGUGAGCUGUGUGUGUUAGUCACGCCCUAGCUGUGGAGAGGGUCCGUGGAACCCCGCGCCCCUGAGAAGCUUCUGGUCCCAUGCGCGGCCGCCCUGUCCCGUGCAGCCCUCAGCACCGCUGCCUCCACUUCCUGUUCCGUUUGAGUCGCACACUGUGUUUCUACUACUCUCCCUUAGGCUUUUCCUGAGUCCAAGGAAACAAAUUAUUCCUUAAUAGCAAGAAAGGUGAAGAGGUAAAGGGCAUUGAAGCAGAAAUGUGUAGGGGAGUAAGAUUGGAGAACUCAUCAGGAAGACAAAAGUCCUAAUUAAUUUCAAACUAACUGCUCUUGGUUAAGUGCUCUUAAAGGAGAGUCUAGUAAGAGUAACACUUUCUUUCCAUUUCUGCUUUAGAUUCUCUUUGUUACAGAAACUUGUGAGAAAUCUUACCUGUGGAUUAGUUUUGCACAAUGUUCUAGUCUCAACAAAGACUUACAAAUUAAACUCGGUUUUUAUUGAACUACCUCACACUAAUUUUCUAUGCUUUCCCAAGGAAGUGGUCGCCCUCACCAUUAGAUCUUUACUGAGUGUGAGCUCUAAAUGUGCGUGAGAUUGCUCAGAGCCAUCAUUGAUACACACCUGGUUAAGUGUGUAAGACUACAUACCCUGCAUGAGUAGGAGACACUCGCGUGUGUAACCUUUCACUGUGUAUCUUGGAAAAUUGUGUUCGCUGUGCUUGCUGACGCUAUUAUUGUCUGUUUUUGUAAGUAGAAACCUGCUCGUGAUAUCAGUCCAUUCUUUACAUUUUACAAAAGGAGUAAAUCUUAGUAAAUUUUACGAAGAAAUAAAUUACUUUUGUAGGCCCAAUAUUUGGUAUAUUUUUGAGAAGCUGUUAAUCUUUUAGCUGAACGAUGAUGAAGUUAACUGAAGUAGCUGUCUACCUGGACUGUGCCAUCUAUUUUCUCACCCUGCUAUAUCCUGUGGCAAAGGUUUUCCACCCCGGAAGCCGGAGGAGGAGAACUGACAUUGGCUUCCUCCCACUCCCCGUCUGUGCUGCCGCCGGCCUCGUCCCUCCCCUCCCCGUGCCCUGUGCCGCCCUCCCUCUAGCCAGCGCACAGUGGGGCACUCUGUAGGGAAUGCUGAGGUCAUUAUUGUGGUUUUCAGUCGUUCAUGCCCUGGUCAUUGAACAGGCACCACUGGAAUGUAAACAAUGUUACCUAGUAUGUCCAUUGGUUAUAAUAUUUUAAAUAAAAAAGAAAAAAGU